AUGCGUCAUCUGAGCUGGAGGCCUAGAAUCUGCCAAGAAGACUACUUCGACAAAAGAAAGCAAGUAUGGAUUGAUGUGUUGCUUGGAAGAAGUUGGUCAGUAAAACCCUGUAACGGCCUAACUCGCCUCGGGGAAUCUGUAUUUGGGAUUGCCCAAGAUGGUUGUAUUGCCCAUUUUUAUUGCUGCUUAACCUCGUCAUUUUACCUCUUCUCUCUGUAUUCCUCUUCCUCUGGAUCCGCAUCCUCGGUUCCUCUGCGCCGCCUCAUCCAGAGGGCAGAUCACGAAUGUCUUGUGCAUGAAUUGCACACACACAUGCACCAAUUGCGACUUGCUCGGGAGGAGGUCGAGCUGAUGCGACAACAGUUCGGCGAACUACAGGCCGCCCUGCAAGACGCCCAACUGAUCAUUACAGAACAGCAGGAUCAGUUGAACGAGUACCGACGACGAGUUGCACAAAGCCAGCACGACGCUGAAGAGUACAAGGUGAAGCAGACUGCUGCAUGUGGGUCUCAUGUUGCCUGGCCCCGGGCGGGGAGGCGUUAG